AUGGACACCGAAACGCCUGAAGACGAUGACGCUCCUGCACCAAAGAAGCUGCACGAUGACGGUAUGACAGCAUGUCCAAUUUGCAGCCGUCGAAUGAAGGAAUGGCAGGUGUUCAGCCAUCUAGACAAAUGCUCCGGCCCAACUCCCUCUUCUCCAUCCUCCUCAAGGGCCUUAGGCAAUCUAGAAGCCGGUCGCCAAUCCAAUGCGAGCCCCCGAAAGCAGCAGAACAAUAUGGAGCGUUUGCCAGCGCUAAAUUAUUCGAUGAUUAAGGAACAGGCGUUGAGAAAGAAGCUAGCCGAACUAGGCAUAUCAUCUACUGGGCCUCGUGCGCUCCUAGAAAGACGGCAUAAGGAAUGGUGCACUAUGUGGAAUGCAAAUUGCGAUGCUGUCAAACCAAAGCCGAGAGCACAAUUAUUGCGUGAUCUUGAAACUUGGGAAAGAACACAAGGCGGUCGGGCUCCGCCUGCUUUCCGAAAUACUACUUCGAUCAAAGACAAGGAGUUUGAUGGGAGCGCAUGGGCCGCGAAAUACGACGAAUCCUUCAAGGACCUUAUUGCUAAUGCGAGACGGAAUCGACCGCAGAAGCCGGAAUCCCCGAAGAAGGAUGGGGAUGCUGCCGAUGACGCUUGCAGCAACGAGGUCCUGAGUCUGUAA